UAAGAGAUGCGUUCGGAGAAACGCUAUUAGUGCUAUUUGUAUCAUUUUAUUCUUGUUUUACGUUUGAUAAACGAUGAAGACAGGAUGACAUAAAUAGCGUGUCUUCCCAAACAAGAUAAAGAUGGGCCUAAACUGUGUGCGAGCUGUCGAUCCUUUAUCUGCUAUGAUACCAAGAAACGGGCUCGAUGCUACACCAGUUAAAGAAUCAGGACUGCCAAUUAUCUUCCUGAUUGGAGGUCCGGGAGCAGGAAAGUCGACACAGUGUACACGAAUAGCACAACAUUAUGGUUUUUGUGCCAUUAUAAGCAAACAAUUGUUGCGCGCUGAAGUAUCUACCGGUUCACAAAGAGGCGUUAUCUUGGCGUAUUUGAUGUCGGAAAGUAAAUUAGUUCCCUCGGAUGUCAUGGUAGAACUAAUCAUGGCGAAGAUGCUGAGCAGAUUACAUGAUACACGAGGUUUCCUACUGAGCGGGUUUCCUAGGGAGAAGACACAGUGUCAGCAUUUCGAUAGACAAAUUCGACCGCCAGAUCUUGUCCUAUAUUUAUAUGUCAGAGAAUCACUACUAAUAGACAGAAUCCUAGCCAGGGCCAUCACCGCCACUGAGAGGUCACAACGCAGUAUCGAUGAAAAGUGGCAAUAUAUUAAGGAACACAGUCGAAUGAUCAAGCCUAUCUUUAGGUAUUACAAAAAAAAACUAGUGAUUAUCGAUGGCGAAAAAGAUGAGACAGAAGUUUUUGAAGACAUUUGCAGAGCGAUUGAUAACGUCAUGAUGAAUUUUCCAACUACGUCUCGUAAAAGCAGCUAAAAUUAGAAUUUAUUCGUUUACAUAAUAAUUGUGCUGAAUAAUAGUGCUAAUUGAUGCAUCGAUUAUUAUGCAAAUUUAGAAAUUGAUUAAUAGAAUUUUAAAUUGCG